AAGAUGUCCAACAGGGGUAAGAUUGAGGACGAUCCGAAGAAGUUCAAGGAACUUAUUGAUCAGUUUCGGUCCAGAAUGAUCAAGGAAUGUACACCACUGCCCGAGGAACCCGAUUUAUUUACUGCUGAAUCCACGUAA